CAUCAUUUAGUACCUUCAGCAGAGUGUUUCACGCGCUGCACAUUCAGUCUCGGGCGUCCGGCGGUGUUUGUGCGAGACAGGUGGCUUGGAAAUUCCUCUUGCGGGAAAGCUACGGAUCUCUCAUUCAUGCUGCUGUCGGUUCCUGUAAACGCGCUCUUGGAAUGUGGGAUAAAGGCGCGUCUCAUUGAUCACAUACCUGCUGAUCCUUGACAACAUGACAGGGGAGUUUAAUAACUUGACGGCACUCUUGAAUAAUGCGACUGACUUUCAGAACCAGACGAGGGGAUGCUCAUUAACCAAGACUGGUUUUCAGUUUUACUAUUUACCGACUGUGUACAUUAUUGUGUUCAUCGCUGGAUUUAUUGGAAACAGUUUGGCCAUAUGGAUGUUUGCGUGUCACAUGAGGCCAUGGAGUAGUAUCUCCGUAUACAUGUUCAAUUUGGCACUUGCGGAUUUUUGUUAUGUUCUGUCGCUACCUUUUCUCGUUUUCUACUACUUUAAUAAAACAGACUGGAUUUUUGGGCACGUGCUAUGCAGGCUACAAAGGUUUAUAUUUCAUGUGAAUCUAUACGGCAGCAUCCUGUUCCUGACGUGCAUCAGUGUGCACAGGUACUACGGUGUGGUCCAUCCUUUGAAGUCACUUGGGAGGCUGAAGAAGAAGAAUGCGGUGCGCACGGUCGCUCUUGUGUGGUUCAUAGUUGUGGUUGGAAUCGCUCCAAUUCUCUAUUACUCACGCACGGGUCAGAAAAAAGGCUACACAACAUGCUAUGACACCACAACAGAGGACGAGCUGCAAGGCUACUUCAUCUACAGCAUGUGUAUGACAGUGUUUGGCUUCUGCAUCCCAUUCAUCAUCAUCCUGAGGUGUUAUGGAGGCAUUGUCAAGGCCCUUAUUUACAAUGACAUGGACAAUGCUCCACUGAGGAAGAAAUCCAUUUACCUAGUCAUCAUUGUGCUCACAGUAUUCGCAGUCUCCUAUUUGCCCUUCCAUGUCAUGAAGAACCUGAACAUGAGGGCUCGCCUGUAUUUCCAAAGUCCAGACAUGUGUGACUUUAAUAAUAGAGUGUAUGCAACUUACCAGGUGACAAGGGGCCUAGCUAGCCUUAAUAGCUGUGUGGACCCUAUUUUGUAUUUUCUGGCUGGGGACACGUUUAGACGCAGACUGUCCAGAGCCACCAAAAAGUCCUCCAGGAAGGGAGAUCACACUCUCCAGUCCAAGAGCGAGGAUACAGCACUUAACAGUCUACCAGAGUACGUCCAGAACGGGUUCAAUCAUGCCUAAGGUGUUCUCUGAGAAACAUGUUUGUUGUGAAUUGUGGAUGUUGUGGAACUGUAGACAUUUCCUAAGACCAAGGGUCUUCAACAAGGGGUCCGCUGUGGUACCACAGGAGGUCCGCAAAUCAUUGUUUGAUCCACCAUUGGCACUUGUAAUUAUCACUCACACGCGAGCGAUAGCUGCAAAUAAGUGUAUACAUUUUAAUCCAUUGACAUGUUGAAGUUCCUUGCACCUGCAUGCCAAAAUGUCCUCUUUCAUAUUCACACAUCCUGUUGUAUUUAGUUAUGAACUGAUUGGAAAGCUAAACACUAUUAAAGUGUGGCGAAUAGUCAGCAGAAGCGAACAGUGCGGACAAACCAUUCACACAUCCAUGCUCACCACUCAAAGUGCGACACAUCAGGUUCAGCAAUGCUGCAGUAAACGCAGCAUUGAGUAAAUAUUUUUGUUUUGCAUUGGUCGCGGUGCUGUACGUUUGAGCUGCUGACAGCCUACGGUUACUCUUAUUAUUAGUUGCGAUUUGCUUUCAGAACAAUAGCCUAAUUGCCUGGUGUAAAUGAAUAAUUACCGCUGGCAUACACAGUCCUUAAUGUUCCACACACACAAGACGGUGACUUUCAAAGCAAAAUAAUAAAAUAAAAAAAUUCCACUUUGCAAAUUUUAACUCCUAAUUAAAUUUAAUUUUAAAAUAUAUGUAUGAACUUGAUCACUCACAUUAGACAAAGUCUCCAUAUUAGUAACCUUAUGAAAAUUGUAUUAUUCUGCAUGGACAGGGUAUGUCUAUGUGUCUGUCUAUCUGUCUUUUUAUUUUUAUUAAGAAGGGGGUAUGGAAUAGUGAUUAACAUGAAAAAUGUCACUUCAUGUCAGAAAAAUUGCAGACCCCUUCUCUACAUUAUUUAAUGAUUAUUUCAAAAGAAUGAACAUACUGUAAUAUGGUAGCCUAUCGUCAAAGGUUAUAGGCAUAAAACGCAACACUCAAUUUUAUACAAUAUGUGACAUGGGGUCCCGGCUCCGUCUCUCUACCCACCAAGGGGUCCUUGGUCUGAAAAUUGUUGAAGACCCCUGCCUUAGAAUGAUGGGAUGCUUCUUAGAAUAAGAGUUUGCAUCUUCAAAAUCAUUGUACUGUACUCUAGACAGUGUUACACAUUUGAUUACUUUUAACACAUAUGUUUUUGUCUAAUGUGAUUGUUCCGUGAAGAAUGGAACAAAACUGACUGCGGAGUAACUCUGAACUAAAACUGAACAAACAAACAUUUACUAACUGCUUAAUGCUUUAACAGUAAAACUUACAUUGCAAAUAUAACAAGCACUGGCAUUUUAUUUGAGAAUGCCUGAAUGGCACUAGGCAUUUUAGUCCCUGCGUUAUGUUCUCAGUGAAUAGCUAAGAUGAACUAUAUAUAUAUAAAUGUGUAACUAAUUAAUUGUAUUCCUGUGGCUGUGUCCAGGAUUGUGUUUUUAACUGAGGUCUGAUGAAUAUGUCUAUUGCUCUGUAUUCUACUCUGUUACUAGAAAGAUGUAUAACUCAGUGCUGUGAUUAAAUGAAUUUGAGCCCAUGAAUUAUAAAGGGAUUGUUAUAACCAUGUUUCAAAUAGUCAGUAAAUACUGUAUGCUCAUAAUGUAUUUCCCUUUAAUGUCUUGUGAUAUUUAAAGCUGAAAACAAAUACAGA